UUGAGGCUCACAAUGGGUACACUGCAGCGAGUUCUUUGGAGUUUUCUUUGCUGCUUUAUAACUGUUCAGUCUUUCCAUAGGCCAGAUGAUUUGAUGUUUCAUCAAGAUUUUCAAAGCCCGUUUGAUGAUAAUUGGUUCUUUCCAUUUGAAGGAAACUUGAAUUUCCCAUCGUUUGAUACCAUUUUCAGCUCUUGGAAAAAAUGGAGCCCUGACUUCCACAUGCUGGCUGAAUUUCCUCCCAUCAUGGAUGUUCCAAGAGUCCAAGUGUUUUGUGAUGAAACCAAACUCACUUUGUUGGUUGACAAGGAAGCGUUUGGUGUUGCAUUGACUGCAGAGGAGAUACAGCUGGGCAAUGGGUGCUACAGCAACCAAGAAGAAAAGGAUCAACUUGUGUUCAUCUAUAACUUGGACCAAUGUGGAACAACAUCUAUACUACAGAAUGGUUUGCAGACCUUCACCAAUUCGCUCCACAUGAAUCUCAAGAGAAAACCAACCACCUUGUGGCAAACUAAUCCAACGAUUCACAUCUCCUGCACCCCAAAGAGGCUUUACAUGGAGCCUAACAUGAUCUCCCAGCCAUCUUGGGCUGUAAAGAGAUUUGACAUCCAAGCUAUGAAUCCCUUGUGGACACAAAGAGCAGAGUCUAAUGUUUACAAAAGAGGCCAGGUAGUCAGACUGCAGGCUUCUGCUGAAACUAGACCUGGUCAGCAGCUUUUCAUCCAGUCCUGCUUUGUCUCUGCAUCCCCUGAGCCCCAGGCAAGACCGAGGCACGCAGUCAUACUAAACAAAGGGUGUGCAUCCUCACUGGGUUCUCGGCACCCUGUUGCUCUGUUCGCAGCUACCAACAGAGCUGAUGUGGUUAACCUGAUGCUGAACACAUCUUAUCUCACUGCUGAGUUGUAUGUCCACUGUAGUGUGGUGCUGUCAGAUCUGGGAGUCAACAAUGCAGCAAAAUCCUGUAACUACAACUCGACUGGAUCACGAUGGGAGGAACUAAGUGGCGACACAGAAGUCUGUGCUUGCUGUAGCUCAAAGUGUAAAGGACAGUCGCACAAGAACCUUCCUGAUGGUGCCAAAGGAGCCGUCAGCCUUGGCCCAUUGCUCAUAGUGGAUGAGUGGGAGUUCAGCACUGUUCUUCCAGACUCUAAACGCCUUGAAUCAUCAGGUUCCUCCUUGCCCACCACCACAAGGGCUUCCACUGUACCUGGAGAAGAUGGAAUAGUUUCUUCUGCUUUUCUGAGCCAAGGCGAGCUCCAGUCUUCCCCAAAGGGUAUCUUAGUGGUGCACCAGGAGCCGACAACCAGGUUAACUGUUUGGCUACCUGAGCAAGUGCAGGGUGAUCUACCCACUGCACCUGUAAUCGAGAAUAUAGGUGGCUCUUCACAGUGGGACACUAAGCUGGUUGAUGGGUGGCAGAUUCCACAAAAUGACUUUUCCUUUGAAUUUCAAAGGAAAAGUAGAUAUGAUCAUUUGGACACAGAAAAAAACCAACCUGGCUUCCCUCAUCCUACUGAGAUGGAUGUUAAUCCUUUGCUGGUUGAGCCAAAAGCUGCUGUCCCAGAUGCAACAGCACAGGAAAGCCAAAUGAAUAGGUCACCAUCGAGCAAUUCUGAGCUGCAAAGGGAUGCAGCGGUGGAGCCGGACUUGGAGGUCCAGCCAAUAAUUCGUACAAAACUGGAGUUUUCAAAGGGUGCAGAUGGGUCAAAGAAGCUCAGUUACGAGGAAGAAGUUAAGCAGCAGGAGACCAGGCAUGAGGCGAAGGAUGGUGUGAAGAGGAAGCACAGACUGAAGGGGCUGCGCUUAACAUUUGUGGAUUUAUUGAGGAAAAUGGAUAAGGAAGAAUGAUGCAACAAACAACAAAAUAAACAUUCAUUCAAACAA